AUGCCUCCUUCAACCGAACUAGAUGCGCUUGUUGACAAGAUAGUCAACGAUCACUCCUUGAGUGAGCCAGGACAGUCUUUGAAAGAGUUGGGAGAUAAUGGAAAGUAUAUUAUGGAUGUACAGAUGAAAAAAUUGUUGAAGUUGCAUGAUCAGAGUUUUAUAGAGAGAUGCUUCACACCUAUGGAGGAGCUGAAAAAUAGAUAUGCUAAAGUUAAAGAAAGGAGUGGAGACUUACAGAAAGAAGCUGAAUUAGUGGAUAGAGAUAUACGGAUAAUUGAAAUGGCAAUCCAGGAUAUCAAUAAAAAUAAAUCACAUCAGUGA